AUGGAAGAGGUUGAAAUGUUGUUUCCUGUGACUUCUCCAAUUCCAAAUGUCCCAAACUGGACUAUUGCAGGAGUAAUUUCUCAUGCAAAAAUUGAAGAAAAGAAGCCAAUUGAGCAACGGCACCUUGAAAGAAGAAAAAGUUUGUUCAAGUCACAUGCUGAUAAGGCAUUCAAGCAGAAGGACUAUAAGAUGGCAACAAAGUUCUAUGAUUUGGCAAUAGAGCAUGCAGAGAGUGCAACACUGUAUGCAAACAGGAGUCUUUGUAAACUGCUCAUGGAUGAUGGUGAAGGUGCUUUGUCAGAUGCUCUCAUGUGCAGAAUGCUGCGACCUGAUUGGGCAAAAGCUUGCUACCGUCAAGGUGCAGCUCACAUGCUACUCAAGGAGUAUAAACAAGCCUGUGAUGCUCUCUUGGACGCACAAAAUUUGGAUCCUGGGAAUGCCGAAAUCGAGGGUGAACUAUGGAAGGCUAGGGAACUCAUGAAGAACCCUCUGGGCAAAGGCGAGCAGUGA